UCCUCCAACUAGGAAUAUUUUCACUUUUUGAUUGGGAUCUUCACUGUUAUUUUCGAUAGAACCAAAACUGUCCAUUGAUUUAUUUAGCCCACACUAGCUUUUGAACUCCUUUUCAAACAACGUCUGAUUAAACCAUCAUAUUACCAUCCUAUAUAAAUCUUGAACGAUCCUCUCAAAGUAUCAAAAGAAAACUUCACUUUGAUCACCCUCUUCUUUCUUCUCAUCACCCUUCACAUAAUGGACAGGUAUAGAUGCAAAUGCCAGCGGUGCGGCAUGAAUAUAGCAGCUCCCAUUGGAGCACAAACAAUCAUCUGUCCAAGAUGCCAAUCUGUUACACAACUCCAACCUCCAAGAAACAAUAGCUUUGCUAAUUUCCCCCCUGCUAAUAACAAUAUGCGCCCGGAAUUUCCAGCUUAUCCUGCAAGGCCAAGAAGGAUGAGUCCAAAUGUUAAUAAUAAUUUCCAGCCCCAACAAUUCAACCGCCCUAUGUCACCACAGAUUAAUAAUAUCCGACCUCCUGCAGUACAUGGACGAAAACGAGCAGUUCUGUGCGGAAUCAAUUACCGUGGUCAUGCAAAGAGUCUUAAAGGAAGCAUUAAUGAUGCUUUAUCCAUGAGAUAUUUUCUGGUAGAGAAAUUGGGGUUCCCAAUUGCAUCAGUAAUUGUCCUUACAGAGGAUGAGAAAGAUCCAUACAAAUACCCAACCAAGGCUAAUAUCAGAUCAGCCUUACGUUGGCUUGUUCAUGGUUGUCGGUCAGGAGAUUCACUAGUGUUCCACUACUCUGGCCAUGGGGCACGAGUACGAGACCGUGAUGGUGAUGAGAUUGAUGGUCAUGAUGAAUCAUUAUGCCCUGUUGAUUAUGAAACAGAAGGAAGGAUACUAGAUGAUGAGAUCAAUAGUACCAUUGUAAGGCCUUUACCCCCUGGAGCCAUACUUCAUGGAAUAAUUGAUACAUGCUUCAGUGGAACUUUCCUAGAUUUGCCCUUUUUGUGCAGAAUAAACAGGGCAGGAUACUUUAAGUGGGAAGACCAUCGGAUUCGAGGAUACAAAGGUACCAGUGGCGGAACCGCUUUCUCUAUCAGUGCCUGUGACGAUCAUCAAAGUUCUGGAGAUACAACGGCAUUCACAGGCGUUCCUAUGGGUGCCCUGACUUAUAGUUUCAUCCAAACGUUGGAGCAAGAGACUAAAUUGACUUAUGGACGGCUAAUUAUGAGCAUGCAAAAUAAGAUUCAACAAGCACAGAAAGGACUAGGCCUUAAUGGUGCAAACGAAACUCAGGUACGCUUCUACAAGUGCACCAUUGGCCCAUUGCAUCAUCAUCAUGCUUGUCUAAUGCAUUUUAUUGGUCUUGCCCAGGAGCCUCAACUAUCCUCAUCUGAGCCGUUUGAUAUACACUCGAAGCUGGUGGCUAUAUAGGAACUUAAGUAUUCAACUCUAGCUUGAGUAUGACUUUCCUCACCAUCACGUGUAGAUUUACUCGUAGUAUUGUUAUGGCGUGAAUCCUGAUGGUAUAUUUUCAUUGUGUUUACAUUAUCAAUAUUGCUGAACAAGCUUCCAGAUGGAAAUUUGCUCGGUCAACUUGUAUACAGCUACAUCUUGUCACAUCCUUUAUGUCAUGAAUUUGCAGCAGAGUUUGUCAUUUCAAAAUUCGAACAGGGAGUGAAAGAUAAUUGUAAGCACAUGAACAACUGGAAAUAUAAAGAAACACAGUUUUACAUGGAAGGCUAGAAAUCACCACAUCCCUUCUAGUCUUUAGUUUCUAAUAGAUUAAAUAUGCACUAA